GAAGGUAGAGAGGAGAGGAGGGGAAGAGGAGAAGAGACCAAAAAGAUAAGGCAGAAAACCACAAGAGAGGGAAACCGUAGGCCAUGUUAAUAUGAGGACAGGAAAGAAAAGUGGAGAGAUACGAGGAUGAGGAGAAGAAAAACCAACCAGAAGAGCACAAGCAGCAUCCAGCGAGACAAAUCUCUAAGAUGACACUGAGUUAAGUAACUGGUGGAGAUGAAUCAAACGCUCCUGACAGAUUCAGAGGGCGGAAGAAGAAAGUGUAGGUCAGCUUUUAACAGCUGAGACGAAGAAGAACAAGAGGAAGGAGGUGCCAAACAGAGCAUGUAUGAUUGUCUCUGAAGAAUUAGGAUUUCCUAAAUCACCAAAGGAGGACAUGAUCCUGGAUCCACCCCAUGAGCUCAAGGAAUUGUUUUAUCUCUGGAAAGCAAGUGGAUAAACUUCUAGUCUGACUUUAAGCCUCUCCUCUCCGGCCACAAUGCCUGAACGAGUAAACAGUUUUCAGGGUCAAAGCUUUCACAAGCUGAGGCGGGCCUGCUUGCGUCGAGGUGCCCUCUUCAAGGAUCCCCUGUUCCCCACAACUGCCCAGUCCCUCUUCUACAAGAGGGAGACCCCGCCGGGACUGACCUGGAAGAGGCCGAGGGAGAUAUGUAAGGACCCCCGUCUGUUUGUUGAUGGCAUCAGCACUCGUGACUUGCACCAAGGCAGCCUGGGUAACUGUUGGAUGGUGGCUGCCAUUUCCUGCUUAGCAUCUGAGCCAUCUCUGUGGAAGAAGGUGAUCCCCGACCAUGUGGAACAGGAGUGGAAUCCAAAGCAUCCUGACCUGUACGCAGGAAUCUUCCAUUUCCGGUUCUGGCGACUUGGCUGUUGGAUGGAUGUAGUUGUGGACGACCGUCUGCCGGUUAACGGGGAUGGAGUGCUGCUCUUCUGCCGCUCAGCCACACCACGAGAGUUUUGGAGCGCCCUGCUGGAGAAGGCCUACGCCAAGUUAAACGGCUGUUAUGAGGCCCUGGAGGGAGGAAACACUGCAGAGGCACUGAUCGAUUUCACUGGUGGGGUUUCGGAGCCCCUCAGCCUGGACCAUGAGGCCCUCAGCCUGCACACUGACCAGAGGAGGGCGUUCUUCCAGGUGCUGGCCAAGUGCCACGAACGCAAAGCCCUCAUUACCUGCUCCAUACGGCCAGCAGAGGGGGAGACAGUGGAGUCGGUGCUGGACUGUGGUCUGGUACGAGGACACGCCUACGGGAUCACAGCAGUAAGGAAGGUGAGGCUGGGGGAAAAGCUGCUGAAGACAGGUGGGAUGUCCCGACUCUUCAUGGUGCGCAUGAGGAACCCGUGGGGGACCACAGACUGGACGGGAGCCUGGAGUCAGGGGUCGCAGCAGUGGCAACAGAUGAGUCGUGCAGAGAGGGAGAAGAUGGGCCUCAUUGUUCGAGACGUCGGGGAGUUCUGGAUGGAGUUCAAGGAUUUCUGUCACUACUUCACAGAUGUGGUGGUGUGCCGGCUGGUGGAGAGGGCUCUGCUGUGGCCGAGCUCUCACUGGAGGGAAGUGCGGCACUAUGGGGAGUGGGGUCCGGCUCCCACUUCCCCGGGAACACCUCCAUCCACCGUCCUCCACGGCAACCACACGCUGAGCUUGGGGAAGAGCAACAGCAAACCCGGAGGGACCAAGCAGCGAGGUAACUGGAAGGAGGCCAGACUUGGGGAGAGUCAGCAGGAGGGAGGGAAAGGAGGAAGGUGUCAGCGAGAUAAGGCUGUGAAAGAAGUGACAAAGGAAGAUGAUAGUGGAGAGGUGGGAGGAUGGGAGGCACAGACGGAUAAGAGGAGUCGAUGUGGAGGAUGCAUCAACCACAGAGACACUUUCCUACACAAUCCACAGUUCAUGUUUGAGGUGAAAGGCAAAGAGGAGGAGGUGCUGAUCUGUCUGCAGCAGGAGGACAGGAGGAUACGGAGGAAAGACGGGGAGGGAGAAAACCUGCCUAUCGGCUUUGAGGUGCUGAAGGUGGAGGUGAACCGCUGCAGCCGGGUGCAGUGUGUGGUGGAGCAGGCGGCCAGCUCGGUCUACAUGGACUCCCGCAGUGUGACGCUGAAGGGGACUCUGGCUCCAGGCCGCUACGUCGUGCUGCCCACCACCUUCCUGCCAGGCGCCACGGGACGCUUCCUUCUACGUCUCUUUUCCCAUUCCCACGUCCAACUCAGGGAAUUGAGGGAGGAUUUGCCGUCUCCCUCUGUGUUCCAGUGUUUUCUACCUCAACCCACUUUGGUGACCACAGUCCACCUCCGCAGGGCGUCAGGACUCAGCUCUCCCAAACAGACAGCUCCAGAUGUGUACGCCGUAGUGCGCUGUGAGAAUGACACCAUAAGGACGCGGGUUUUCAAGGCGGAGGGAAACCCUGAGUUCAACCUCAGAGCCCUCUUCUACAGGAGAUACCCCAGCACACACAUCUCUAUUGAGGCUACGUCUUGUUGUGUGCAGUUAUGGAGCAGAGGUCUGCUGUGGGACUCGGAGGUCGGCGGGGCUCGACUCCAGACGGCGGAGUCUGAGAGGAAUCAGAGCCGUGUGAUUGAGCUACGAGGCGGCCAGUCCCGCUCAGGAUACCGACGGUGCAUCUACGUUGAGACGUCCUCCAGCGUCUGCCUCACAGACUUGUGAGAGCAUCGUCUGGUUGCCCUGGUAACUACAUCAAGCCAUGGCAACCGCAGUCCUCUCAGGUGGAAGUUGAUGGACAAACAGCAGUUCUGAUGAACUAAUUCAUAAACCUCGCGUGUUUGACAGAUCCUAAAAAUAUAAACAACAAAGGUGCUUUAGUUGCAUUGACACAUUUUGCACUUAUAGAGGUAUUUCAAAUUAAAACUGAGUAAAUACUGUCUCAGCAAAGUGACUGUGAGUGAGAGUAAAUUAAGUUGUUAUUAUUUAAAAGAUGUUCUGUGGUUAUCUGCUGGACAGAUAUGCAGGUCGACCUUCGUGACUUCAGCAGUCUUUAAAAAAAAACUAACUGCUGCCAAAAUAUGUUUUUUGUGUGUUAUUAUAUUUAAUAUAUUAUUAGUUCUGUUGUUGUCAUGUGUUUUUUUUUUGCUGUUGUUGUUGCUGUCAUUAAAACGGUUGUAAUUUUUACAAUUAUUAUGUAAAUAUUCAUUUGCAUUUGUGUUUUGAAAACAUUUUCUUAAGAUUAAAUAAUUGUGUGCAUGUUUUCAUUUUCAUUAUUAUAGCUAAAUAUCACAAUUUAUUAAAGUCAAUUUAUGUCAUGUUUAAAUUAUUAAACUGAUACGACACACACUUUAGCAUUCAGCCCAGACAGAUUUGUUGCAACAGGUUUGCAUUCCUGCACAUGUCUCUUCAUGAAAUUUUGCUGACUUCACAUGGCCUCCUAUCUUUAGGUGAUUAGACAAGACGAAAAUGAGUAGACAGAAAAUGUGCACUAUUGAAGUGUGAGAGUGAAUGUUUGAGCAUAGAUGGCAAUGCAAAGGCAGAAAUGUUGCAUUUUGAGAUGUUGUGCUCGUCUAACCUUAAAAUCAAACUUAAAAAGAGAAAAUAAGAGAAUUAAAGAGCAUGAACAUUUUGCUGAUAUACUCUUUUACAAAAUUACAUUUCUACCUUUUUAAUCAUAUCAAGAUACACUGUCACAGACUUGACUGCAACAUUACUGCAGCUGAUACCAUUCAGGGGAAUGCAGUGUAGCCACAGCU